AUGUUACCUAGAAAUCAUCAAAAUCUAAAACCAGAAUUAGGAAGAAGAUACUUUAUAUUAAGAAGCCAGUUAACCAUGAAUUGCUCUACUCUUUAUUCCAUUUUAGCAGUGCUGAUCCUUCUUAAUCCAUCAAAUGCUCAAUUAAUUUCAACCUUCUACUCCAACACAUGCCCAAAUGUUUCUUCCAUUGUGAGAAAUGUUGUUCAACAAGCUCUGCAAAAUGAUUCUCGUAUCGGCGCGAGCCUAAUCCGUCUUCACUUUCAUGAUUGCUUUGUUAAUGGUUGUGAUGCAUCUCUUUUGUUAGAUCAAGGUGGCAACAUAACAUUGAGUGAGAAAAAUGCUGCUCCCAACAAUAAUUCAGCUCGUGGAUUUAACGUUGUUGACAACAUCAAAACCUCAGCUGAAAAAUCAUGUCCUUCUGUCGUGUCUUGUGCUGAUAUUCUUGCUCUCGCUUCAGAAGCAUCUGUGUUUUUGGCAGGAGGUCCUUCUUGGAAAGUGCUGCUCGGCCGAAGGGAUGGCCUAAUUGCAAACCAAUCCGGCGCAAACACUUCCAUCCCCGCUCCAACCGAAAGCUUAGCAAAUAUCACUGCCAAAUUUACCGCGGUUGGCUUAAACACUAGUGAUCUAGUCGCAUUAUCAGGCGCACAUACAUUUGGUCGUGCACAAUGUAGAUUUUUCAACCAGAGACUCUUCAACUUCAGCAACACUGGUAAACCCGAUGCAACUCUAAAUUCAACAUAUCUAGCUACUCUACAACAAAACUGUCCACAAAAUGGAAACGGCAACACAAUAAACAAUCUGGACCCUUCAUCGCCGAAUAAUUUCGACAACAACUACUUCAAGAAUCUUCUCAACAACCGAGGCCUUCUUCAAACAGACCAAGAGUUGUUUUCUACUAAUGGCGCUGCCACAAUCUCCAUUGUUAACAUGUUUGCAAAUAACCAAACAGCUUUUUUUGAAGCAUUUGUUCAGUCCAUGAUUAAGAUGGGUAAUAUUCGACCGUUGGUCGGAAAUCGAGGUGAAAUUAGAUCUGAUUGUAGGAAAGUAAAUGGAAGUUGA